CGUAAUGAGACGUCUACGUAUAUAACAUCUAUGAUUUUUCAUCGGACGUGUUGUGCCGUAAACCGCGGCCGUGAGAGAACGCAUGGGACAGAGCAGAGGCAGCGUGUGUGUUCAUUUCUAACGUAAGUUACUGGAACUAAAUGUCUACAGCCUGUUAUCGAUUAUGUUUAUGGUUCAGAUAUAAGACAGAAGUGCGUGAGAUCAUCAGUAUAGGAAUGUUUGUUGUUGUCAUCAUCAGGUGUUGAUGUUGUUAGCUGACAGAGCUAGCUUUGAGAAAAGCUACAGUCCGAACAAACUCUUUUAAUCUGAGCAAACAGAAGUGUUUUUUUGCAUCAACAUCAUCGGGAAUAAUUGACAUAUUAAAGUAAAAUGUACUCAACAGAAGAAAGAUUUACUCUCAGUAUUUAGUGUUUAUUUUUGGGCCUUUUGCCCAGUUAGAGUAAGAGAGUAUUCCUGUGGUUUAUGAGCUGACUCCUUGGGGGAAAAGUUACCUUAAUAUCAUGGUUAGGUUUAGAUUUGAGUGUUGUUCCUCCAUUUAUCACCUGUGCUUUAAAAUCAUUGCAAAUAUCUCGCACAUCUAUUCAGCCAGCAUGUCGAAACUCUGUGUAAUCCUCAUGAAAACUGUCAUAUGUAGAAUAUAUGCAUCACCUUAUUGACCAUACUUAUCUGUGGACAUUUUCACAUCUGCUGAUACUAAUAAUACAUUUAUUGGCCAUUAUCAAUAUUAUACUUUCAAAGCCUCUUUGGAAAUCCUUGAUCUUCCCAUAAAAUCAACUUCUAAGCUGCUUCAGUAAAUCAAACUACAUCUGGCCUGUAAAAGCUUUGCUUGAACAUCUGGCUUAAGGGCAGAAAAAAUGCUCAUGUUUAGUGUUGAUUCAUCAUGUUCAUGGUCAAAUACUGUCCUCAUUUAUCUUCUCCACCUCCAGCAUUUUUACACCAUUGCUUAUCUCUGACCUAAAACUGAUUAGGUUGAUGAUUUUUACUCCAAAUUCACCUGUUCUGUAUUAUUCUAACCCAUGUUUGGCCUACAUGUCAUUAAAUAAUGGCUGUUAGUGGUCGACUGAUAACGGUUUUUCAACAGCUGAUGUCAAAACUUAUAAUGGUAAAGCAGGACAUCCAAUAGAUGAAAUCUAGUGCUCAUAUCACAUUGUUGUUUUUACUUUUCUUAUGUUUUUAAGCAUUUUACAACUACGUAAUACUUAAAAACGAUAAACAAAGCUGCUGGACAUAAAUGAAUGAGUGAAUGUUGUAUUAAGUAUUUGUUUGUCCAGCUGUUUUAGAUCAUUAGAAAAAUAAGUAAAAAUUUAAGGUAGCUGUUGUGAUCAAAAAGUCAUAAGUCCACUAUUUCAUGCACAAAAUCAUAGUUAUCCGAGCCAGUCACAUUUUUAAAAAGACAUUUAUUGAAUUUUGGAAAUAUAAUGACUUUGUGAGGGUCGAUGCUGAUAUGAUGCAGAUUACUAAAAAGAAUAAAAAGCGACUGAUAAAUCCGUCUGUCUCUGCAGGCUAUUUUCAGAUGUUUAAAGAAACUGUGAACAGUUAGAGUACCAGUCAUCCUGCUUCAUUUCUACAAACACUCAGCCAAGGCAUUCUCAAAAUUGGCCUGUAAUCACUGCAUGUAGUUGAUCGGUUUAGACCAGAUUUCUAAUAAAUUGUGUUUCUGUGUUUUCAUUUCUGUCUCAUUUUCUCGCUGGGAUGUACUUUAGGAUGGAGGCUAAAUCAAAGAAAUCCUUCUCUCCUAAAGGGGGAAAGAAAUUCACACAGAAAGGAAAAGGUAAGAUAAAGUGUCUGUUUUCCAGCCUGGAGCACCAUCGGUCUGUGUCAGGGUGUUAUCUGACAACUCGCCCUUUUUACAGAUUCCAUAGGGACCAAACUUGGUGGAAAACCAGGCGGUAAACCAGGCAGCAAAAAGCCCUUCAAACCGUACAACAGCAGACCAGGAAAGGGCGGCGACGGCAAGAAUCAGCAGAAAUUUGCCUUCUCUAAAGCUGGGAAAGGGCCACAGAAGAGGAAACUACCACCCUUCAAAACUCAAAAUAAAGAGGAGGGUGAUGGUAAGAAAACAGAGUGCUUUUCUCCAUGUAAAAAAAAAUAUGUGUUGGGUUACUUAUCUCCAAAUGUGUGGGUUUCUAUCACCAGGUCCUCAGACUAAGAAGAUGAGGAAAGGUGAACUCAAUCCAGAGUCAAAUGAGGAGCUGCAGAAGAACAGGCAACAGAGGAAGAAGGACCUUAAAAACAGCAGACAGCAGGCAGAAAGAAAGGAAAUGUUUGAGAUCAUCUGUCAGGCUAAACGAGUGUGGGAAGAUCUCAGGAGGUACAGUUAACACAGCCACAUACAUGCACAACCAGAGUUACUUUUUACAAAACAUUUUCAAACAAACCCAGAAAGACUGGGCUGCAGUUUUAGUGCAGAGAUUAGUGUUUCACUUUGACUUAGAGGAUGCUGUGUUUGUGUCUCACAGGAAGAAAUGUGAGAACGACGUGAAGACUAAACUGAUGAAGGAUCUUCACAAACUGAUUAAUGGAAAGAUCAAACAGGUUCGUCUUUCUCGCUCACGGUUUGAAACUGUACAACAGAGCUGCAGCAUCACUGUCUCUGAGGAAUAUGUACAGUCUGCACAGUGACACACAAUACAAGAUGAUACAACACGAUUUAUACGACACAGAUACAAUAUAAUGUAAAUUUUUCUGUUUUGUUUUAGAAAUUAGAGAAAGCUGAUGCCUAAACAUUAAAACAUAAACAUGUAACAAUGUAAACCUGUACGACUGUAUCUAUAACAGCUUUAGAUGUGUCUACAGUCAGCUUCCAUUAAUCACAGUAACCCUCAGGAAAACGUCUUCCUUGUGAGCUCUAGUACUUUUUAUCUUAAAUGUCACAAACUCCUGUCAAGAAAUCAGUGUGGGCUGUUUGAAGAAGUUUUUUUGAUUCAGUUUAUCAAUAGAGAAUGGUGAACUUACUUUGUUGCAGCGUAUGUGUCAAUGGGAUUCAUUUAAAAGCUUAUCUUUUUGAGUCAAUUAUUACGACUUUGGUCUUUUUGUAGACUCCUAUUUAAGAUCAGUUAUUAAUUUUAAUGAAGUCAGAAUUUUUUCUGUGCUGUUUAAACAUAGCUACUACACCUGCAUGGAGACACCAUUUAAAAGUGAAUCAACAGUCCCAUGUUGUUGCAGUGUUAUAUAUCUUAGAUGAUGAUUUCAUGUUUCCUGUCCCUUUUGCCUCCAGAUGGCGUUUGCUCACGACUCUGUGCGAGUGCUGCAGUGUUUCAUUCAGUUCGGCAGCCAUGAGCAGAGACAGCGAGUGUUUGAGGAGAUUAAAGGUGAGGGCACAUUGUCACCUGCUGCUCUAUAGCUCUUCUUUCUGUGUCUUUCUUAUUCCUAUGAGUGCAUUGUUUGAGCGUAUUUAGACAGCUGUUCUCAAACUGAAUAUGCAGGUCUACAAAUACGAGGAUGACUGUUACACAUUUAAUUUUAAAAUCUGACUUGUGUCCGGCUAAAGCAGCUACUAGAAACAACUUGACUGUCUGUGUUCGUUCUCCCCUGCAGAUGAUAUCCUCGAACUGUCUAAAUCUCAGUACGGCAGACAUGUGGUGAAAAAGCUGCUUAUGUAUGGGUGAGUAUAACAAAACAAGACACACUAUUUUUAAAGUGCAAAUAAACUAAAUGUUCUUAACAUUAUAACAAUAAAGUGCCCCAAUGUUUGAGCUGUGAAAAAGUCUUAAGGGGAGAAACAAAACAAAAAGAGUAGAAAUGCAUAUUUUAGGUUCAAAAAGGUUUAUAUUGUGGCCUAUUUUUGUUUCCCUUUAUUUUGCGUUUUAUCGUUGAGCAUCAAAUAAUUGUAUUUUUUUUUAUUAUCCAGUAAAGAAUUUAGUUCUCACUAUUUUGGGGUUGCAGUUUCUCUUUUUUUUGUUUUUGUUUAACAAAUUCCAAGUAUUAAUCUAAUUUUCCUCAAAGUAUGUUAAACCUGAUACAUCAAUAAAGCCUGGAGAGUGUUUUUCCUACAUUUUAACACAGUUUGACACAAAUGAAAGAUUUAAGAAGAAGAAUUCAAAAUGCAAAAAUCAAACUUGAGAGGAAUUCCUGUUUCUUUCUCAAAGAAAGGUUGGAAGAAAUUUCUUCCAUUUUUCCUGUUCUAAUAAUGAUUACAUGAAUGUGUUGUGUGUCCAUGUUUCUCCAACAGUAACAAAGAGCUGCUGGCGGCUUUGAUGCCAACAUUUAAAGGUCACGUGCGUCAGAUGCUUCGUCAUGCCAUGGCUUCAUCCAUCAUUGAGUACGCCUACAACGACAAAGCCGUGCUCGCACAGAGACUCAUGCUCACCGAGGAGCUGUACGGGAACACCUUCACUGUGUGCAAGGUACACACACAUACACACACACACACACACACACACUACUGUUUGUAUGCCAUAGAGCGGUGGUUUUGUGUAUAAAAUAGCAGCUGCUGAGAAUGGUUUUGUUUUGUUUGUGUUUGUUCAGUCCUGCGUGUUGAACACUGUUGAGAAGGUCGUCACGGAGAACCCCAACAAACUGAACAACAUCAUCGAUGAGAUGAAGCAGAUCAUCACACCCAUGGCUCAGAAGUAAGAAAAGAAAAUUAAAGAAAAAAAGAAAAACACAGCAGAUAAGACCUGAGAGGUCAAGUAUGGAGUGAAAGUCUGAGCAUAUUAACAAAAAGAGAAAAAGUUCCAUUUUACCCGUUGGCAAGGAAACCAGCAGUUUCUGAAGAAAAAGAUGAAACGAGAGAUUCCUGAGUCUUUCUUUUGCUACAUCAGUAGAAGAUUGGCUUUGAAGCUUUGGCUAAUUUGGUCAGAUUUGAAGUCAUCAGUAAUAUUUACAACAUAAUAACAUUUCAGAAGGUCAGAAGCAAAAAGAUAAAAACAGAUAUGCAAUUAUUAUUUGUUUUAAUUUUGAAUUUGCUUGUGAAUGAAACAAACUUUUUCACCUGCUUAACCUAUUCUUCAGUAACAUACAUGAUUUAAUCUGUGUGAUGUCUGAUUUCAGAGAACAGGUCAUCAAACACUCUAUAGUCCACAAAGUCUUCUUGGAUUUCUUCCUGCUCUCCCCUGAAAAACAGAGAACGGUAAGACGCUCCUCCUCUUCUCACACAGUGCAUCCAGAUAGAAUAAAGGUAUAUUCCCAUAAUUAUGGGAACAAUCAUGGAUAAGAUAUGAAUGUGUAACAGCAUAUACGAGGUACUGAAAUAUCUGAUCAACAGUCAGUCAAAUUAAAACAAGGACAUUAACGGCGAUGGUUGUAAUAUGAUAUAAAAAUAGAUAUAUAAAACUGUAACAUGUCCUCUUUCUCCUGUGCUGUUGUCCUGAUAUGAGCAGGAGAUGAUUGAGUCCAUCAGAGAGGCGGUCGUCUACAUGGCUCACACACACGAUGGGGCACGAGUGGCGAUGCACUGUCUGUGGCACGGGACAGCCAAGGUAUGCAAACACACACACACACACACACACACACACACACACACACACACACACACACACACACACACACACACACACACACUCAAACUCAAACUGCUGUCUAUAGACUUUAUGGAUUUCUUAGCAAUAGAAAGACUUCAUCAGUGUCCACAUGUGUAUUUUUGCCUUGUGUGAUGCACCGGACUGAACAGGUCAUUAGACAGGACUUUUCCCCUCAAAGUACACCCAGUGAAGGGGUUGGAUCUUUUUACUGUAACAUCUGUCAAUCUUUGUUUUUAUUGUAGCGUAGUUUUCUUCUCUGCCUUUAUAAACACGUCUCUGUAUUACAAUGAAAGUUGAAGUCUUACAAUGGAAAUGAUAGAAAUAUUUUUUUGUCUGUACAGUGUUUUUGUUUUAAGCCAAAGUUUUGCGUCUUGUUUCAGGACAGAAAAGUCAUCAUCAAAACUAUGAAGACGUACAUGGUGAAGUUUGCGACGGUGAGUUUCUUUAGUUAGUUUAGUUAUCAUCAGAAACUGUUAGUUUCUGGUUUUUACAUGAUAAGGAUGCAGAAAAAGAUGGUUAUUAACACUGAGGAGGUGUUCAAAUGAGGACACUUCCUUCAUUUCCUCUGUUUUUCGCUUUGCCAUUUGUUAACUUUGUUAUUUGUCCACAGGGCGAGUUUGGCCACCUGGUCCUUUUAGCCAUAUUCGACUGUGUGGACGACACAAAGCUGGUCAAACAAGCCGUGCUCUCAGUAAGUCUGAUGUCCUGUUGUUUAAAGAUGCUCCGUCAGGGAUGUUCCUGGUCAGGAUUGUUGAUAUACAAGCACAAUAACUGUUGUGAUCUUGAACUCUUGCUUCAUGUUUUUGGCCCAAUUAGGAGAUCUUGUCCUCACUGAAUGAAGUCAUCAGUAACAAGUAUGGCAAGAAGGUUUUGUUGUACUUGCUGAGCCCCAGAGACCCGGCUCACCUGCUGCCAGAGAUCAUCAAGGUGCUGGAGCAAGGAGACAGCAAUGCGCACAGGUACCGGCUCUCCUAACCUUCGCUUAUCUUACUCCUACUGUUAAAGUCUGACAAAGAAUUUGGUAAAAAUGCAACAGAAAGGAAAACACGGAGACUUUUCCCAUGAUGGGUAAAAGUACUAGCACUGACACAGCAGGGGUAGCAUGGGGUCUACACACCAGUAAAUCGCAUGUAUCAAAGUGAUUUCUCCUCUGUCUUCCUCUCCUCAGUAAAAAGGACACAGCGACUCGGAGGAAGGAGCUGCUGGAGGCCGUCUCCCCCGCUCUACUGGAGCAUCUCCGCGACAACUCCUCCGCCAUGGCGUUGGACAAGGCCACCAGCGUCACCGUCAGCGACAUCCUGGCGUCAGCCUGCGGGGACCUGCGGCCCGCCAUGACAGCUGUGGCUCAGCUGGCCAAUCAGGAGCUUGUGCCAGGAGGGAUCAGCGGACAGGUAGUUUGUUUGUGUCUAGGAAAAGAAAGGAAGUUGAAGUUUAUCCGUCAACGGAUUCUGGAAAACACAUCAGAAGAAAAAGAUUAUCUUUGUAGCCAGCAUUAAACACACGAUAAAAGUGACCAUCGGUUGAUAAAAUUAAUCAGGACAGAGAGACCAGAAGAGUCUCGCUUUGUCAUUGAUUGAUCUGAAUGAAUACAAUUUUAAACAGAUACCUAAACUUUGGUGAAGUUGCUGUUGUCUCUAAACUCUGUGUCUGUGUUUGUGCCGCAGCUUCACAUGGCCGAGCAUCCUGCAGGACACCUGGUGCUGAAGUGGCUCAUCGAGCAGGACACGAAGCUCGCAGAGGCGGAGAAGGAAGGUAAAGAAAAUCCUACCUAACACAUCUUAUUGGUCUCUUAACUGCUAACACAGGCAGAUAAUAUUCUUCUUGCAUGCUGACGUUAACACUGUUGAACCUUUUUAAAAACUCAGACUUGCAUGCCUGCUGGCUCCUUACAUUUACUUAGGGUGAAAUGAACUGGAAUUGAAUGUCCGUGCACCACUUCACGCAAAGAGCACCCUAAUAAAUGUUUACCCUGCUUGUUAAAAUCUGUAGUAACUAUAUUUUCGUUGGACAGUGUGAGACAAGAUGAGUUAAAAAAGAGAACAAUCAUGCCUGUCACCUAAAUAGGAUGUUGGUUAAAGUGUGAAAUGCUCAGAAGGCCACAAGAGGGCGCCAACUGUUUUAAAAAUGUAACCACAACCCAUUAGAUCGUCAGAUGACUGUCUAACCUACAUUAGAGCAAUUUAAAAACUUCACAUUUGAAGUCAAAGAUAACAGACACAGUCUCCUUGGGUUAGACAUCAAUGAAAAUACAUGCCAGAGUGUGUAAAGCUAAAGAUUUCUCUGUUCCCUCUCUCUCUCUCAGAGCGCUUUGGCAGGAUUCUGAUCGACACAGUGGGAACAGAAAAACUAAAGACCUGGAUCAGAGUCAACAGAGGAGCCAUGGUGCUCAGCAGGUUAGUGUGCACAUUCACACCAAAGACUGUCUAUGGGACAUAUGGAGGGUCGUAUAUUUUUAAUGGCCAGCGGGAUGGUACUGGUUGUUUGAAUGAGCCUGACUGUACUUUACAUCAGCAGAGAAGGAACCUUCGUUUCAGCUUCUUUAUUUACUCACAAACCACUUCAAGGUCUUGGUCUUUGUCCAAGUCAUUUUUCACCAUAAAUAAUCAUGUUGUCAGUUAUCCUCCGAUUUAGAGUAGAUGAGCGGACGAGGCAUUAGUAUGUCUUUGCUGCCUGCUGUUUAAAGUGACUAAAGUAAAGGCAAAGUCAGACAAAUUCUGGUCUCUCACAGCUACAAGGGACUAAUCAGGCUCAUUUUUUUAAGUUGUUCAGCGUUUUUAACAGCAGAAGAGUUUUCAUGCUUAUUCUGCAGCUUUUUUACAAACCUUCACACUUUUUUUCCUCCCCCCUGCAGCCUUCUGAACAGCUGCGACACGUCUGUAUCUUCAGAGGUGAAGGCAGCGCUGGAGUCCAUCAAAUCAGAGCUCAGCAGCAUGACUGGCAACAAAGGAGCUGAAAUCCUGCUGGAGAAUCUGAACAAGUAGACGUGUCUGACAUUUGAAACAAACUGUUGAGUCCAUCUCUUCCUGUGGAGAAGUGGAUCUUUUUUUUUUCCAGAAAAUGUCUGCAAGUCUGCAACCAGGAACAGAUUCAAGAAGUGGAUACAGGCUGGAGCAGACCUUGAGUGAUAUAAAACUAAACGUAAAUUUGUGUAAAAGCUUCGAGGAUGUCUUUUGUGAAUAAUGAAAUAAAAGUGUUGUAGGGACUGAGUGACAUUACGAGAGGUCUGUUUGUGAUUCUGCUUGUGUUAAGGGAGGAAUUUCUUUUUUGUUUUUUGCAAAAAAACAACAAAAAACAGUAGCUGUUACUUAAUUAUAAAAAUCCAUCUGUUUCACGUUUUCUUUGAGUCCAACUAAAUACCAUCCUCUGCUCUACUGAGGUUCCUUUUAUAACACAAAUACCUGUUUUUGUCACCACUCACUCACUUUUAUUCUCACUUAAGUGUUGCGUUAUCAACCUCAGGAUCAAAAGCAGAGAGGAUCUGAUGUAUGAUUGAUUGGGCAGUAAAGAGUACAGCUGUUCAAAAACAGAAACUCUAAUUUGAGGUGAUUCUGUUGUAAUGUUGGAGCAAGUUUUGGGAAUGUGUCCAUUCAGGAAUUCAUCCAGACAACUGAAACACUGAGAAAGUUUAAACAAGUUUACUUCUAACAGGUCGACUUCUUCGAAAAAUCGGAGCUCAAGAACGGCUUUAUUGUCUUGUAUUUAACAUAUAUUUAAGAAACAGUUCAGGUUUUGGGGUACAAUUAAAGAGAUGUCUUUAAAGAGUGAAGUGCAAAACACAUCGCUUUACUUGUUUGCAUAUAACAUUAAAGAUGUCCCCCCCACACACAUUCAUGGUUUAAAAAACCUCGAACCUGUGCAGCUGGAGCUAAAACCAAAACGAUUCUGUGUUUUCCAUCUGUGAAUACAAACAGCAGUGUAGGUUCCUGUUAUCUCAAAGUUUGUAUGAAUUGUGCCACCCUGUGCUUCAGAUUUUUAUGUAACACUUUAUUACUUAUUAUUGUAUCUGAUAAGGAAACGUUUGUUCACAAAAUAAAGAUGAAUUCUUAAAUCUACCUGAA